CUUCCGUGGCAGUUUUCAUGCAGAAAGCGUGGUUUAUGGCACUCUACUUGAAGGAUUUCUGGGACUGCAGAAGUGUGACGGUGUUAUCGAGCCCGCUUAGACAUCUGCCCGCAGAGCAAAGUGAUGGCACAGAGGCCUUCGAAGCUGCCUCCUGAGGUCUGGAAUAAUGUCUUUGGGUAUCUGUCAACGACAGAAAAGUUAAACGUCCGGGCAACCUGCAAGUAUUUCAAGACAAUUGUCGAUCACCGAUCUCUGUGGAAAAACUGGACAGUGGUUUUGGAUUUUAAAAACGGCUCAUACAACAGGAAGUUCUGGGACACUCUUCGUCAUAGACAAGUCUCCAGCGCAGUGAUGAAGAGCACCAAAGUGAAACACUGGAAACAGCUCGCUCUGUUCCUUCCUAUCCUCACCACGGUGGUAAUGGACCAAAGCUCCCAGGAGUGUUUCAGCUGCUUGAAGGACUUCCCAAAUAUGAGACGUCUGGUUUUAAGAAGCAGUUGCUCUGAUCUUUUGUUAGACAUUUCCAGAUUCCCACUGUUUCUUCCCGAGAAGCUGACUUACUUAAGCAUGUGUGGCGUUAUGUUCCCUACCACAUCAGUGUGCAUAUAUUGUGUACCUAUCGUCACAGUGAUCCGAAGCCGAGUCCAGGUCCCUCAGGGGACGCUGGUGCACUGGCCUUGUCCAGUUUGGAGCUCAUCGACUGCAUGGAUCCUUCAUUGCCGGCACACGGGUUGCAGUUCCUGCCUGGCCUGAAAAGUCUCUCUGUCUUCUUCAAGCACUCACAUCACGACAUUCCAGAAAUGUGGUCACUGUCUCCUUGUCGCCUCAAAACAUGGUUGCAUGACCUACCUCAGCUCUCAACCCUGAUCAUCGUUAAGGGCCCCCCAGUUAAUAAGUACAUCACCUCCAUUCCAGCCACCGUGACCAGUCUCACACUGUGUGUUGCAGGAAUCACUUUAAAGGACAUGGCUGCCAUAGCGGUGCAGGUGCCAAAUCUCCUCCACCUCCAUAUAGACCCCUGGCCCUCACAUCUGGGAACUCACACUGCUGAAAUCCCACGGCUGUUUCCAAAGCUCAAAAGUCUUAAAAUCCGCCAUGAACGUGUGCCGGAUCAAGAUUUCUUUCAGCUUCGUCACCUGCAAGAUCUUAGAUACUUGGAGAUUCUGGACAGCACUCCACAGCUGUCUGUGCUCACUGGCAAGCUUCAAGCUCUCACCGAGUUCAGACUUCAGAUCAGAAUCUUUCCUUACCGGAGAGAUGCACUGUCAUGUCCUUGUGUUUGUCAAGUGUAUUAACCUGGUGAGCUGGUAACUUUUUAUUUGUAGAGUGGAAACAUGGAGACUUGCUUAUAAUCGAUGUUUACUGAACUUUUUGAGGUAGUUUUAUUUAAUCUCAGGAAUCCAAAAUGCCUUGCCAUACCUUGGAUUAUUUAACUUACUCAGGGGAAUUACCUCUUGUAAAGGUUUGAAUAAAUUAAAAUGUUUUUAAAGAUUUUUUUUUUUUUAUUAUUUCAGCAGACAUGCACCUGUUUUAAGGUUGUAAUCUGAAAGGGUAGAACCAGCAUAAAUGUUUCCUACCAACUCUAAUGAUCCCUUUGAUAAUGUGAAAUAAACACUGUUAGACGUACACACUGA